AUGAUUAGUGGCAUUCGAUCUGUGGAAGAUCUCGGCAAACUUCUUCCACAAUUCGUAGUCCACAAUGAAGAUUUUCAAUUCGUGAAGUCAAUUGGAAAAGGUGGCUUCAGUGAAGUAUUCAGUGCAUCAUACACACCAACAAAGCAGAUGUGCGCAGUAAAAAAGCUAAAAUUCCGUGAUUUAUCAGGCAAAAACUUCGAAGCUCUUUCAAGAGAACUCCAAAUCCUUUCAAAAAACGCUCAUCCUUACUUAUUAGGUUUCGUGGGCUUCUCGAUAGAUCGCCCAUUUAUCAUUGUGACAGAAUACUUACCUAAUGGAUCCCUCUUUGACGCGCUCCGCUGGAAAGAUAACCAUAAGCCUUUGACAGGAACUCAAAAAACUUUAAUUGCAAUGUGUAUAGCAAGCGGAAUGGCAAAAUUACAUAAGAAUCGCAUCAUGCAUCGCGAUUUGAAGUCUCUUAAUAUACUUCUCGAUGAAGAUUUGCUUCCUCGUGUAAUUGAUUUCGGAUUGUCAAAAUUUUAUGAUGAGAAAGAUGAAACACUUACGGAAGUCCUCGGAACAACGCAUUGGAUGGCACCAGAAUUAUUCGAAAAUAAAGGAUAUACAAAUAAAAUCGAUGUUUACGCUUACGGAGUGCUUCUUUGGGAGAUGCUUACCAACAGUAUUCCUUACGCAGGCAAAUCCAAUACACAGAUCAUAUACGAUGUCGUUAAAAAAGGAAAAAGACCUCCAAUUCCCAUCAGAACUCCUUCUGGUCUCAAAAACCUCAUAAACGCAUGCUGGGAUCAGAAUCCGAACAGCAGACCUACGUUUAAAGAAAUUUUCCAGCAGUUUGCAGCGAAUAUUGCUUAUUACGACGGAACAAACAAAGAUGACAUUGCCAGUCAAGUCACGAAGAUCAAGAUAUCGAAACAUUCACCUAAAUCAUUCAAACAACCUGAAGGAUUAAGAGCAUCUGAAAUAAAAACUUAUGAACAGCCGAAAGACGACUACGAAAUACUUAUUAAGCUUGAUUCUCUUGUAGAUAUUAACAGACAAGAUUACGAAGCGAUGCUUAAAGAAAUUGUUUCGAUUCUUCCAUCAGAUUACGCGGAUUCGUUCUUUGGAGUCAUUGGAAACAUUUUAUCACCGACAACACCCAUCAAGAUCAUCCAAUUACUUCUUUCUGCUAUAGAAAAGUUCAUUUAUCAAGAACAAAUUUUUUAUAAAGUUUUUAUUCAGAAGAAAAUCUACGCAAAGCUCACCUUUAAAGACAAAUCAGUUGCGCAUCAACUCCUAGGUAUCUAUCUACAGUUCUUUUCCAAUUCUCCCGCUGAAGUUUCGGAUGAAAUUAUUGAUACAGUCAAAUUCUACAUUCCAACGCAUCCUAUGCAUGUUUUACGUCUUAUCAAUGCAUAUACAUGCAAUAAAAGGUGCAGGAAGAGCGCUCUUACGAAGUUUUGGUCAUUUGCGGAUAUGGUCUUUCAAUAUGACAAAGAAUUCAUUAACGGAGGUGUUGCACAAGGCCUUGCUAAGCUUAUUUUCACUUUGUUGGCCUUAUAUCCUCAGUUUUUGAAGGCAAGAUUACAAUAUAUCCAAAACACCCUCAAAUCGAUACUUCUUAGAGGUGGAAACGAAGCAGCCAUCGCCUUAGACAUGAUGUGUGCUGAAAACGACCUCCAUGUCGCUCUUCCUGAAAAUUUUGUAUCACAAAAUUUGGAUGAACCAAUGUUAGGCCACAGAAUACUAACCUGGAUCAUCAAAUGCCCACAGUUCAUCACGGAAUCAGUCAUCCAAGCCUUGAUUGCCUUAGCGGAAAAGAAUAUCGACGCAACUCUCGUUUUGUGUGAGGUUUCUAAGAAUCCGGACAACGCUAAGAUCAUUUUCUCAUCAAUGAAAUCAUGGGUAGUCAUGAGUUUGCCCACUCUUGAGUACACAUUGAAAUUAUUGAUGGUAAUUCUUUCCCACGAGUUCUGUCGGACCAAUUUACCACAAGAGAUCAUUAUUUUCCUUCAAAGCAUACUCGAAAAUGAAGGAGAUCUCUAUGAAACAAUUUAUCCAAUUUUUAUGUCGAUAGAAAUCACUCCUGCGAUGGUCAAACUCUCACAGCAGUUCAUAGAAAGGCUUUUUGAUAAGACUUUCCAGAGAGGAAACUCCGAUUUGAUUAUUGAAUCUCUCAGAAUAAUCAAGAAAAUCGCGGAAGUGGGCUAUUCACCUGGAUUCAUCACCAUUCUGCCGUACAUACACAGAAUGAUCACAACAAAUGGCUGGGCAGUGCUUGUUGUGCCAAUUGUUGCACUUUUCAGCAAACAUCCAGAAAUGAAAGAGCAUUUGAGCGGAAGUAAGAUAUUGAGAGAGAUACAGUUCAUCAAGGAUGAAUCUGUACAAGCGGAUAUUGAAAUUAUAAGAUCGAAUAUUCCAUUCUAA